CAGCAUCCUUCUGAUAAAGCAUUUUAAAGCAGCAGCAGGGGCCCAGAACCAACAUGUUAUCUUCCACAACAAACCGGAACCAGGCGUGAAGCCGCCUCGAACCCGGUGAAAAAACAGAAAGGAGAAGAGGAAGAAGGGCAGAGGCAGGAAGAGGUAGUUGAGUAAAGGUUUGUGGUUAAUAAGUAACAGGCCGCAGCGGUCUCCCCCCACCCUGCAAAGCCUGCUGGGAAAAUCCUCUGGCAGGCGGAGCGGUGAGAGCGUGGGUGUCCGAGCAGAUCGGCUGAAACAAAACAAAAAAAAGAAAAGAAACAGAAGAGGAAAAAGCAGGCCGAGCAGCGGCUUCUCGUCGGCUCCGUGUGAGGCUCCGGCCGGCUCCGGCAUGACCGGCGCCAAGGGGAAGUCCGGCCCGCUGGCCCGCCGGCCCGACAACUCGGCCUUCAAGCAGCAGCGGCUGCCGGCCUGGUCCCCCAUGCUAACGGCUAACACGGUGCUGCCGUUCUUCUACCUGACGGCACUGCUGUGCCUGCUGCUGGGCGUGUGGCUGCUGCUCACCGUGCAGAGCACGCAGGAGCUGAAGCUGGACUACACCGAGGCCGGGACCUGCGACGUCUGCUUUGAGACCAGAAAAAACAUGAGCAAUGCCGCCGCCGCCUGCCGGUGCACGGUGGCCUUCUCCGUCGAGAAGCCGCUGGAGGGCGACGUCUUUUUCUACUACGGCCUCAGAAACUUCCACCAGAACCUGAGGAGAUACAUGGACUCCAGAGACGACGCCCAGAUGGUCGGGAGGACCAACAACCUCCAGAACCCCAGCUCCUACUGCGAUCCGUUCAGCAGAGACCAGAACGGACUUCCCAUCGCCCCCUGCGGCGCCGUGGCCAACAGCAUGUUCAACGACUCCUUCACCCUGAACUAUCACGGCUCCGGCGGCUAUUCCUCCGCCCGAGUCCCUCUGCUGCGGAAAGGCAUCUCCUGGUACACCGACAAAAACAUCAAGUUCCGCAACUCCAGGGAUGAGAACCGGACCCUGGCGCAGACAUUUGAAGGCACAGUGCCGCCUCCGUACUGGCACAAGCCCGUGUUCGAGCUGGACCCCUUCGACGAGACCAACAACGGCUUCGUCAACGACGACCUGAUCAUCUGGAUGAGGGAGGCCGCCUUCCCCAACUUCAAGAAGCUGUACGGGGUUCUGAACCGGGCCGGCCAGCCGUUCAGCGCGGGGCUCCCCGCCGGGAAUUACACCGUCGACAUCGACUACAACUUCCCUGUGCAGUACUUCCGGGGCAGAAAGGAAGUGGUUCUGACCACCCUGACCUGGUUCGGGGGGCAGAACCACUUCCUGCCCAUCGCCUACCUGGUGACCAGCAGCCUGACGCUGCUGAUCGCCGUCGGCCUCACCGUGGUCUGGCUCAAGUUCGGGAAGAACGGCAAGAACAUGGAGGAAUGAAGGCCAAGAGCUGGAAAAAGUGGUAAUUGCUCCGGGAGCUGUUUUAAACAGACAACAAAUCCUAAAUGGCGGGAGCAGGAACGUUAAUUUGGUGCAAUUUCACAGCAGCACGUGCCGGAAAAAAACCACGGCGGCAACUAGCCGACAUCUGGAGAACCACUUUCCGUUUGACAGAUCACCCGAGACUUUUUUUUUAAAUGUUGAUUUUACUUGAUGAAAUUCUCCGUGUUGUGAAUACACACCACUUUGUUGAUGCACUGUUAAUAUUUAUUAGUGAUUGGUCAGGUACUGUUUACAAUGAUUGAGGCUGUUUAUGACUGUAAAU